AUGUGGGGUUCGAUUGAGAAUUUGAAGGAGAACUUGAAUAAGAUCGCGCUCGAUGUGCACGAAGACGACGAUUACGAAGAUGAUCUUAUCAGUUAUGGCACCGCCAACGGUGUCGGUCAUCUACCGGACUCUGAUCGGAGGAAUUCCAGUGGUUUUAGGUCGUCCAGGUCCAUUUCGAGGUAUCCGAUCUCCAACGGAAUCGAAUCGCCUGAUCAUCAUGAGAUUGAGCGGUAUAAGGCAGAGAUUAAGAAGCUUCAGGAAUCUGAAGCAGAUAUCAAAGCCUUAUCAGUCAAUUACGCAGCUCUAUUGAGAGAAAAAGAGGACCUUGCAGAUAUGGUAGAAGAGAGAACCAAAUCACAGGCAGCUGUUCAGGCUAAGGAGCUUGCCAAAGAGCGUGAAAAAUUAAGACAUCUGCAGCUUUCUCUACAGGAGGAGAAGAAACGGAGUGACUCUUUCAAGGAAGAACUCGAGUCUCUGAGGUUAGAUAAGAACAAAACAUCCUUGGAGAUUAGCAAAGUGCGUAGUGAAUUGGAUGCAAGAUUACUUGAAAUCAAACAGUUGCAGAUGAAGUUGAAUGGUCAGGAGAGCCACGCUGUUGGAACUGCCGUGGAACAUCUAAAAGAAGUAAACAAAGCUCUGGAGAAGGAAAACAUUGAGCUUAAGUUGAAACGAACUGAGCUAGAAGCUGCUUUGGAAGAAAGUAGGAGACCCACCAGUAGCAAAGUCUUUCCAGACGCCACAGAGUCUCUGACUAGACAUCCUAGUAGCUUAGAAAAGGAGAAACCUGAAAACUUUCCUGGAAAAGAAGAAAUGGAGCAAUCCUUGCAGAGGUUGGAAACGGAUUUGAAGGAAACACGAAGAGAAAGGGAUAAAACACGGCAAGAACUAAAACGCCUCAAACAACACUUGCUAGAAAAGGAAACCGAGGAGUCUGAGAAAAUGGAUGAAGACAGCCGAGUGAUUGAAGAACUCCGCCAGACUAAUGAAUACCAAAAGUCUCAGAUAUCACACUUGGAGAAAACUCUUAAGCAAGCAAUGGCUAAUCAAGAGGGUACCAGGCUGAGCAAUGACAACGAACUCCGGAAGUCAAAGGAAACAAUUGAUGACUUAAAUCAAAAACUUACAAACUGUUUGAGAACAAUCGAGUCCAAGAAUGUUGAACUUCUAAAUCUUCAAACCGCUCUUGGCCAGUACUACGCCGAAAUCGAGGCGAAGGAGCAUUUUGAACGAGAGCUGGCAGUGGCUAAGGACGAGUUGAUGAAGCUUCAUGCUUGUUUGAAAGAUGCUGAUGAGCGGUUAGAGUAUUCGAAUAAAGAAAAGGAAGAGGUGACAUCAAAACUAGUGCAAGCUGAAAAGGUUGCAGCGGAAUGGAAAAACAGAGUAAGCAAGGUUGAAGAAGACAAUGCCAAAGUACGGCGUGUUCUUGAGCAGAGCAUGACAAGGCUCAAUAGAAUGUCAGUGGAUUCAGAGUAUCUGGUUGAUAGGCGGAUUGUUAUCAAGUUGCUAGUUACAUACUUCCAGAAAAAUCAUAGCAAAGAGGUUUUGGAGCUCAUGGUUCGUAUGCUAGGAUUCUCAGAGGAAGACAAAGAGAGGAUUGGUGCGGCACAACAAGGAGGUGGUAAAGGUGUUGUUAGAGGCGUCUUGGGCUUUCCCGGUCGCUUUGUUGGUGGAAUUCUUGGCGGGAAAUCCGUUGAUUCUCAUGCCAAUACGGCUUCUGAUAACCAGUCAUUUGCGGAUCUAUGGGUUGAUUUCUUACUCAAAGACGCAGAAGAGCGAGAGAGAAGAGAAGCAGAAGAGGCAGCAGCAGCAUCAGCUAAAGCCAAGCAAGAUUCGGAAAAGACAGGAGAAGACGCGGCUCUGUCUAAUUCGGAGUUCUCGGCGGUGCCUCUCAGAUCAGCGGAAAGUAAUCAACGGCUCUCGCGAUUACUUGCUUAA